AUUCGAAUUUCCCUAGUUAUCCUUCAAGCCAUCCACCCUAUCCCGACUUUUCCUACUCUUUCUCGAGACACUCCCAUCUGGUCUCUCACUAGUACCGGUAAUUUCUCAAUCGCCUCAGUCUACCAAAUUAUAAAUCCUCCCAACCCUUCCAACCAUCUUAAGGACUUUUAAUGGAUUUGGCAACUCAAUACUCUUCCUAAGAUCAAGUUCUUCUUUUGGAUGUGCUAUCAUGACCAAAUCCCAUCAGGUUACUACCUUCGCAAACUUCAAAUCCUUCCCACGAACAUGUGUGAAAUCUGUAAUGCUAAUCCUGAAACCUCCCAGCAUAUUUUCGUUGACUAUUGCUCAAAACUUGUGGAACCAGCUGAAUAUCCCCAUUUCCCCAAUUGUUAACGAUCACAGUAUUGUCAACUGGCUGCUGACUUUGAAAAACCUCAACCAUGCCUUUGCCGAUCCGCUUCUCAGUUGGGAAAUCUAUUUCCCUUUUGCCAUUUGGCAUAUCUGGCUAAAUCGUAAUAAUAAUAUUUUUCAUAACUCUAACAGCCCAAUCUCUAUCCCCACGGUUAUUGCUCGCACCUUAGAAUAUGCUUUUACCGGCAAAUUCCUCUCUUCUACCCCUUCAGAUAAGAUCACUAUUCAUGCUCGCUGGAAACCCCCUCCCCACGGCCUCUAUAAGCUUAAUUUCGAUGGCUUCUUUUCUGCUCCAUCACUGGUAGGUGGUUUAGGAGGUGUCUUCCGUGAUGAAUAUGGUAAUUGGAAGAUGGGAUUCUACCAACAACAUCAAGGUUUCAAUGGCACUUCAAUGGAACUAUUGGCACUGCUUAGAGGCAUUGAGUUAGCCUAUCACCACAAUUUGUUCCACUGGCAAUCGAAACUGACUCUACUGAGAUACUGGCUGAAGAAACUGCAGAAUCCCCCUAUCAACCAUAACUUCAGAGAUGGUAACAAGGUGGAACAUCACUUGGCUAAUGAAGCAAGAACUACUAGUACUAAUAGUAACUUUGUAAUGUUUUGUAGUCCCCUUACUGGGGUAAUCUCUAGCCUAGCAGCAGAUGUAGCAGGACACAUUAGUACUAAAAAAGUGUCCUUAGCAACUUGUAUUAACCUGGCUAAAUUAGGGAAUUAUAAUAUCCUGACUGUAUCCGCUACUUAAGCUUAAUAUAUAUAUAUAUCCUUUC